AUGCUUAUACUUACAUGUGGUAGUGAAAUAAACAACGCCAACGCAUUUAUUACUAUUGAUUCGUCUCUGCCACCAAAGUGUGAGUUACAGGACUUUUGGAAUGUAGAAUCUAUUGGAAUUAUAGAUAAACAAUCGAAGACCGAUGGCACACUUGCUAUGGAACAGUUUACAGAAAAGCUGAAAUAUGAAGAAAAGAGAUACCAAGUAACUUGGCCGUGGAAAAGUGAAAUUCCUGAUCUACCUAUAAAUAGAGAACUGGCAUUAUGUAGAUUGAUAUCCACGGUAAACCGAAUGAAAAACAAACCGGAUAUCAUGAAAAAGUGCAACGACGUGGUUCAAUAUCAGUUGAAGAAAGGUGUCAUAGAAAAGGUCGGCACAAAUGAACCAGACGGUAUUAUACAUUAUCUCCCUCACCACGGCGUUAUAACACCGCAAAAGUCAACCACUAAACUGAGAUUAGUAUACGAUGCCUCCUCAAAAACUAGGAAAGAAAACCUGAGACUCAAUGACUGUCUAUAUAGAGGUCCUGUGAUGAUACAUGAUCUGUGUGGGAUAUUAAUGCGAUUUCGGAUGUAUUCCAUUACGAUGGUUGCCGACAUUGAGAAGGCUUUCCUCCAAAUAGGCCUACAAAGAGAUCAGCGAGAUGUGACCAGGUUUAUGUGGUUAAAAGAGACUGAAAACCCUACACUUGAAGCUAGUAACAUUAAAGAAUACAGAUUCUGUCGAGUACCGUUCGGUAUAGUUUCUAGUCCCUUUUCUUCUAGGUGCGACAAUUGA